AUGUUAUCAAAUGAACGAUUACUUAUACAGUCAACGAACAAUACACAAGUAUUGUUUCCUUCUGCCACUUGUAUGCAUCAUGAAUUUAUUUAUCAAGUAAUACAACAUCCACAAAAAAUAGCUGUUGAACUUGAUGAACAAUCAUUAACAUAUACAGAACUUUUAUAUUAUGUUCAACAACUUUCUCUCGUCUUAUUAAAUAAAUACAAUGUGAAAUCGGGUGAUAUUAUUUGUCAAUGUGUAGAGCGAAUAUAUCCUUCAUUUCUCUUUAGGUCAUUGGCAUUUUAUCAAUUAUUAUGGCUGAUGGUGCCUAUUGUCCUUUUAUCAUCACAAGAUCCUUCACCACGUCUACAAAUGCUUGUGAAAGAAACUCAAAGUCAUUUAGUUCUUGUUCAUUCGUCUACACGCAUUCUUUUUGAAAUCGAUAUUGUAACUUUAAAUAUUGAUACAAUUAUAAAUAAUGAAAGAAAUUCUACUAGUAUUCAUCUGACUCAAAUGUCAAAUGUACCAAUAACAUCAGAAAAUAUUCUCUUUGUAAUUUUUACUAGUGGAUCAAUUGGUAUUCCGAAAGCGGUUCAAUUACGCCAUCGAAAUUUCACUCAAUUUUUACGCUCAUUUGUUUAUGCUGAUAUAUUUAAAAAAACUGAUACAAUAAUACAAAUGGCUCGAUGCUCUUUCGAUAAUCAUCUAUUCAGUCUUGUUGGUACAUUAACUAUUGGAGUUACAUUAAUAAUGCUUCGACCAGAAGGUCACAUGGAUUUAGAUUAUCUUGCAGGAGUGUUGAAUGAAAAACAGAUUACUGCUAUGCAUACUGUUCCAUCUUUAUGGAAUAGUCUAUUUAAUUUUCUCAAUACUACUAAUCGAAAAUCGUCAGUACAAUGGUUACGAACUGUAUGUAGUGGUGGUGAAGUUCUCAACAAUAAACUAGUUAAUCUAUUGAGAAGUCAAGUGAGAAGUGAAUGUCGAAUUCGAAAUCAUUAUGGUCCAGCUGAACUUACUAUUAAUUGUAUCAAUCAUCUAAUUGACCUAAAUAAAAAUCAAACAGAUAUUCCAAUAGGUCAACCUUUUCCUAAUUAUCAAUUUUUAAUAUUAGACAUGUUCUUACAAACUGGUGAAAUUGUACAAUGUUUACUUAUAUUAAUAUCCAUUACUACAUGUGUUGUUAUUAAAUGGGAUGAAAAUCAUCUUAUUGCUUAUAUUCAAAGUGAUAGUAUUAAUGUUGAACAAUUACGUCAUCAUUGUCAAUCUAAUCUACCAUCACAUAUGAUUCCAUCAAUAUUUAUUAUACGUGAAAAACUACCUUUGAGUCCAAAUGGAAAAGUAGAUCGAAAACGUCUUCCACCACCGGAUUUAUCAUUAUUGACUCUCUCAUCAUCAUCAUCAUCAACAACAGGAUUAGAAAACAGAUCUAAUCUUCCACAAAAUCAAUUACAAAAACAGAUACAUGAUAUUUGGUGUGAAAUUCUUCGAUAUAUUGGACAACAAAUUUCAAUAACUGCAAAUUUCUUUAGUAUUGGUGGUCAUUCACUUUUAUUUAUUGAACUUUAUCAUCGAUAUAAACAAUUAUAUGAUUUUGAUAAUCGUGUACUUUCUAUUGCCUUAUUUCUUCAACAACCAACUAUUCUUCAACAUUCACAAUUACUUCAAUCUAUUACAAUCAAUCAAAUGAGAUCAGUACAUUGGCAUACACUACAUAUCAAUCAAGGUAUUGCAUCUUUUGCUCAAGAACGUAUUUUUCUUGAUGAACAAAUGCGUUUUUCUAAUAAAAUUGCUAUCUAUAAUGAAUUGACUGCUUUAAAAAUUAUUCAAGGUUCAAUAUCAAUAAAUCGUCUAUUAGCAGCUAUUGAAUAUAUUUUAAAUAAACAUAAAAUAUUACGUACAGUUAUUAGUUUUAACAAUGAUAAUGGAAUUCUUGAACAACAUAUUGAUAAUAGACGUCGUAUAUUUCAACUUGUUCCCAAUCAAACAUUUAAAAAUGAAAAUGAACUUCAAGAUAUUCUCUAUCAAACAAUUAUUAAUCCUAGUUUAUUUGAUAUAUCAACUGGUCGUGUUUUUCAUUGUGAAGUACUUCGACAAGAAAUCAUAUCUAAUAAUAAUAAUAAUGAUAAUAAUAGAUUCAUUACAGAUUCUGAUAUUCUUCUUAUAGCAUUUCAUCAUGCUGCAACAGAUCGUUCAGCUUAUCAACUUUUUCUAAAUGAUCUUUGUUUUGCUUAUAAUACAAAUAUAAAAUGGACAGGUGAUGAAGAUUUAUUACAAUAUAUUGAUUAUUCUGUUCAUGAACGUUUAAUUGAUAUGACACCAUCACGUGAAUUUUGA